UAGUGCAUAUGGACGGACAUAAAGCGGAACCGAGGCUCACAGCGCAUUCGUGGUGAUGAAAUCGGUGCGUGUUCAGUUGAGCGCUGCUCUCUCAGCGGUGAGGAAGGAGUUUGGUGUAUUCCAGCGCGCAUACGCCCCCUACGCUCCUCUCCUCCUCCUCCUCUUCUUUUCCUCUCCUCUCAUCCACCCACCCGAAAGAGCAGCUCUCCCCCCUCCGCUCAUUCAUCCUCUCGGACAGCCUCCAUCCUUUGACGGGGAGCAGAAGCAGCAGGGCGGUGGCAAUCGCAAGCCCUCAAUGCUCGGCAUUUGGACGGAAAUCCGCGCGUCAAUCCUGGAGAGACAGGACUGCAAGUGAUUGCUAUGUCAGAGAGCAGUUCAGCCGUAAAGAAUACAGCAGACGGAGGUUACACGGAUCACGAUUCAAAGAUGUCGGAUGAGCACAGAGACACAGAUGAUUCGUCAGAGAAAACACCUAGUAGGAUGUCCAGAUCGCCACAGAAAUCUUCCAAAAGACCAAAGACAGUAGCUGUGAAAGUGACACUGCUCGAUGGAUCUGCCUAUGAGAGCGGGGUGGAGAAGCUCUGUAAAGGACAGUUGUUAUUGGAUAUGGUUUGUGAACAUCUCAACCUCUUGGAGAAGGACUACUUUGGCCUGACCUUCAGUGACACAGAGAGCCAAAAGAAUUGGCUGGAUCCUUCGAAAGAAAUCAAAAAACAAAUCCGUGUGGGUCCCUGGCAUUUCUCCUUUGCUGUCAAAUUCUAUCCUCCCGAUCCGUCUCAGCUGAUUGAAGACAUCACACGGUAUUACCUGUGUCUGCAGCUGAGGGAGGACAUACUGUCAGGUUGUUUGCCCUGUUCAUUCGUCACUCAUGCUCUGCUUGGCUCGUAUGCCAUUCAGGCUGAGCUGGGAGACUAUGACCCAGAGGAACAUGGGCCAGACUACAUCAGUGAGUUCCGCUUCGCCCCCAAUCAGACCCAUGAGCUGGAGGAGAGGGUGAUGGAGCUGCACCGCAACUACAGGGGCAUGAGUCCUGCAGAGGCUGAAAUCAACUUCCUGGAAAACGCCAAGAAACUCUCCAUGUAUGGCGUUGAUCUCCAUCAUGCUAAGGACUCUGAAGGCAUUGACAUCAUGCUGGGGGUGUGUGCCAGUGGCCUCUUGAUCUAUAGAGACCGGUUGCGUAUCAACCGAUUCGCCUGGCCCAAGAUCCUCAAAAUAUCUUACAAGAGAAGCAACUUCUACAUCAAAAUCCGACCUGGAGAGGUAGAGAAAAAGUACGAGCAAUUCGAGAGCACCAUUGGCUUCAAGCUGCCCAACCACCGUGCCUCUAAGCGCUUGUGGAAGGUCUGCAUUGAACAUCACACAUUUUUCAGGUUGGUCUCUCCUGAGCCUCCUCCCAAAGGUUUUCUUGUGAUUGGCUCAAAGUUUCGCUACAGUGGGCGGACCCAAGCCCAGACUCGCCAAGCCAGUGCUUUGAUUGACAGGCCAGCUCCGCAAUUUGAACGAUCAAUUAGUAGGAGGUACCUGCUGUCCCGCAGUAUAGAUGGAGAGUCUGCUUUAGGGGACACUAUGGACCGAAUCUCUCAGCACACCGCCAGCGAGCCUGUGCCUAGUCUUCCCAGAGAUGAGCUGGACCAGGACUACCUGGAGCCCAGUCUGGAUCAGGACCUGGACCAAGACCACGAACAAGCUGAAGACCAGCGACUUGAAAGUGACUCCACUCCAUCUAAGACUGUGGAGCUCAAGAGGGAGGAGGCAGUCUCUCCUGUAGACUCUAAGACGGAGUCGGACCAGGACUUGGCCCCCCGUCCUAAACAGGAGCAGUUCCUGGAUAAACCAGAGGAUGUGUUGCAGAAACAUCAAGCCAGCAUCAAUGAGCUGAAAAGAGCGCUGAGAGAGCCCAACAGCAAACUGGUCCACAGAGAGAAACGUCUCUCUGGAGCCUCGUCUGGUAGCACUCCAGAGAAAAAAUCUGCAUCAGAGGAUUCCCUAUUGAUUAAGAAGCAAGAUGGUUGUCAAAGAGACCUGCCUCUCAGUAAAAAAGAUGAAAAGAGUCCUAGAGUAGCUUCAUUAGCCACUGGAUUCAACAGAGAGACAGAAGACAAAAUGAGAGGGAAAACCAUCACCACACACAGUGUCAUAGGUGUAGCACAAAGGACCUCGACAGAAACCAUCCUAUCUCCAGAGAAGCCCCUGAGAAAUCAUGCUAAAAGCCCUGCUUUAAGGUACAACCAUUUCCAGGGUUCUGGUUCUUUGGAGGAGAAAGCAUAUGAUAAUGGGCACCCUCAGGACAGCUGUUUGUCAGAGAAUGUCUUUCAUACAAAUGGAUGUGAUGAAUAUGCAACAGAGAGACUCAGGGGCAAUAAAAAGUACAUUGGGGUAACCAAUAGAGAAGACAAUGACUUGGCAAGGUAUGUAGAGAGAAGCUUCGGAGAGGCUUCUCCAAAUGCAUCCAUGGACAAAUAUAUGAGAGAUCGAUAUAAUGAAAACCGGUGGGAGAGGCAAUCCUGUGAAACAGAGUCAGAAAGCACCAGAGUCAGAAAGCAAACAUCUAAACCGGAUUCAAAGGGUAAAGGCUCAACAAUCCAGAGACAUGAUUCUACUUCAAGCGAAACAUCACAGUCUGAGGUGAAACGAAUCGUUCCACUGAAGCCUGAGAGGUCAAAGAAGUUGAAAGGCAAUAAAGGAGCCAAGCUGCAAGGACAACCGAGUGAGAAAAGCAUUUCAGGAUCAUUUGAUGACAGUGAAGGGACCAAGUCUAAGGAGGAGCAAGGUGGCUUUGAGAAUGCCUUGGAAAGCUUGUCGCAGCCCAGAAAUUCUGCAGCUUUAGAAAGCACUGGAACUUUUGCCAAGCAAGACUGGGCGAGUAAUUUUCACAAUAGGGAAGUCAGAGAAUAUAGCUGUCAGUCUCUCCAAGACAGGCCCCAAUUAAGGGAUCUCAAGAACAAUGCAGACCACAGACACUGUAUCGAACAAGAUCAGUUUCUUUUUGAAGAUCCAUUGUUUAUGUUUGACUUUCCCACCAAUUCAGCAUUUCCAGCAUUUGACCAGAUUCCCCCUUUAUACCCACCUGUAAAAUCCCAGAGGCUAAGAGAUACACGUAUCAAACCUAUCACCAAAAGCGAUUCUGGCAACAGUCUUCACAAGAGCUCCACAAUGGAAUCUUCCAAGAGAAAACCAGUGAGAGAGCCCUGGGAGAGACGCUUAGGAUCAGUGUCAGAAGAUGAUCCUGACCCAGACACUCUGUACCUGAAGGAGACCCACCUGGGCAUUGAGCGCAAAUGCUCGAGUAUCACUGUUAGCUCAACGUCCAGCCUGGAGGCUGAGGUGGAUUUCACUGUGCUCAUGGACUUCCAAACAGGUAUCGACGAAUUUUCUAGAGGCAUGACUGAGCUGGGGGAGAAAGACUUCUCACCUGAGUUUGGCCUCUCUGACCGUACCACCCAUCCAGCCUUUAUACUGGGAGCAGAUCCUAUCUACCUUCCAGAGGAGAGAUAUGUAGAAGAACCAAGGCCCAUAGAGAAACCAAAGCCUGUUGUAGAACAGAAGCCACCGGAGGAACGUAAACUAGAGCCGUUUGUACCUAAGAAAGCUCCUCGUUCAGUAAAAGCUGCCCAAGCCCUGAGGAAAGACUCCACAGAACAAGCUAACACCCAGUCGAUGAGACGGGAGAGCUCAGAGUCACCCCCAAUCCAUCCUCUCAGCAGAGAGAGCAGUGAAAUCAUUGCUUCCCAAGCUCUGAGGAGGACUGAGGUCAAGAUCGAGACUCAACCCAAUGGCUCCGAAGUCACCACGACCAUAAUGGAGAUUGCAGACCAGGACCAUGGCAUCAGCGGUUUGCGAGAGGCCGCAUACUCUGUGACAGAGAGAAUCUCUCCUGUAAACCUGGGAUCAUUAGCUAGAGAUGGUUCACCUUUAAUGGUCACUGAGAAUGUGACAUCAGCCACUACAACUCAUGUUACUAAGACUGUGAAGGGAGGCUACUCGGAGACAAGAAUUGAAAAAAGGAUUAUCAUUACUGGUGAUGAUGAUGUUGAUCAAGAUCAGGCGCUUGCCAUGGCAAUAAAAGAAGCCAAGCAACAGCACCCUGACAUGUUGGUAACCAAGGCUGUAGUUGUCAGGGAAACAGAAUCUUCCACUCAAGAUCCACAUGAGGAAUCGAAGUCCUGAUCUCCUCAGUUCUCAGGACUUCAACGGGAAGCAACUGUUCCUCAUUGACUGCCAGUGGGUCGCCAACAUCUACAGACCUCCGCUUCCACUUACAUACACCACACUAACAUUUACACAUGUACACAAACACAUGCUGCCUCCCAGAUGUCGGAACCUAUUCCUUCUCAUGUAAUUUCUAUUUUGUGUCUACAUUCGCUGUGGUAACAUGGACAUACUGGUUCAGGAGGCGCACGGUCUCCUUGGCUGAGGACCGCUGGGGAAGGACAAACUCAGCAUCCCAUCGACCAGAUGAUUUAGCCGCCAUUGUAGUCUCUUGCUUUUUCUUCACGAAUGUGAAAACUAACCAAGCAUACUAUCAACAGCCCAAUGCUAACAUCAAGCAUGAGGCAUGGGGUUUGUUGAUGAACAUUGCUGAAGAUUUAGCCUAGUGGAGUGACAGUAGUGUCUAUUGAGUAGUUUUUUCUAGGGUUCAUUGAGAUAUAACACAGAAGAUCUUUUUGCAAAAACUGUAGGGAAAAGCCUAGCUAGCGUACGUACAAUAUGUCAUGCUUCUCUGAUCAACAAAUGUUAUGUUGCUGUUAAAUUCUGAACCUCAUCUGCAUGUGGCAAAGCAGGGUUUAAAAUGUUUUCGUAUACAACAAAAUAACUAAAACCUCUGGUCCUGAUAAACCAGAAAGG